AUGUUGCUGAAAUCCCUCGCCGCCGCCGGCCUGGCGAUCACGGCCACGCAAGCCUUCGUCGUCGUCCCUGAGAUUUCCGACGCCGACAACGACAUCGUCAACUCCCUCCCCUUCGAGCAGCCCGUCUCCGAGACUGGCAUCCUGAACAAGCUCGUCAAGCUCGACUGCCCUGGCUGCCCCCUUACCAUGAGGCACCACGAUGGCCGCUACCACACCAUGACCAACAUCGAGAACCACCUCGAGCUGACUUUCUCCGUUGAAUCCGACGCCGCCGGCCUCGACCACCUCCUCGUUAACAAAUUCGAGCUGUACCCCAAGGCCGCCUCCUGGUACUCUGCUCUCCGCGCUCCUCAGGUUCCCGCCUUCACCGAGGCUGCUACAAAGCACCCUCGCAAGGCCGACCCCAACACUCCUCAGCUGGGCUACAGCCUUGCCGUCCGCCCCGUCGCGAUGGACAAGGACCAGCAGCUCGAGCUUCUCGAGAUUGACCUUCAGAUCAUCGAGGUUGGCAACAGCUUCGUCAGCGACGUCCCCAACGUCAACGUCAAGCUCAUCAAGUCCCCCGACGGCAAGCUCAUGAUCGCCAACGUCGACAUGACCGAGACUACCAUCCCCACCCCCAAGGAGGACGAGAAGACUCCCACUGACUGCACCACCCUGUACUGCAAGUGGCGCGCCGCCAUCUUGAGGAACAUGCGUGGCAAGCACUGCGGCGGCCGCAAGCACGGCAUGCACGGUCAGGGCCGUCACGGCAAGCAUGGCCACCACGGCCACCACGCUCACAACGCUGGUCACUUCAGACAGCACCACCACACCUGGGGCCAGCUCGCCAAGAACAUCACUUCGCACAUCCUCCUGCCCAUCCUCAUCGGCAUUGUUGCUGGCGUCAGUGUUAGCAUCAUUGGCAUGAUGGUCGGCACCUUUAUCGUCUGCCUCUGGCGUGUGGUUGUCCGCCGCCAGUCUCCUUUCGCUCGCAAGCACUGCCGCCGCCGCUCUCGCAAGUCUUCGCACCGCGAGGUUGCUGCCACCGAGGAGAAGGCUGGUCUGAUGACCGAGCAGGAGGACCUCCCCUCCUACAAGGACGACGAGGAGGAGGCCACCAAGACCGAGACCGCCCAGGUUUAA